AGGGGGAGGAGAGGAGAGCUGUGGGUCUUGUGUUUGGAGGAGGGACUCCAUCAUUUAAAGAAGUAACUAGUUCCUGGUUUGCCAGUGAAGAAGGAAGAGAGGCAGCGGUAAACCAUCUUCGUCUCAACAUGAACGUCCGUCCCACUUUGAUCUGCUUCUUCUUCCUCUCUCUGCAGGAUGGAAACUCUGGGCUCGCCAACGCCCAAAUCUCUGUCUUUACAGGAACUGAAGGAGAAGAUAUCAGAGUUGAAUGUUAUUUUUCUCGGUCUGGAACCACAAGGUUCUUCUGUAAGAAUAAAUGUAAACAAGGAGAUCUUCUCAUUGAAACAACUGAUGUCACAGCUCAGAGCGGCAGAUAUGGGAUGGAAUAUAAAUAUGAAACAGUUGAACCAGAAGCUAAUGUUUCUGUCAGCAUCUCCCAGCUGACCAGGUCUGACUCAGGACUCUACAGCUGUGGAUUGAAUGGAUCAACAAUGUUAAACGUCUACUUUAGAAUCAUUGUUGUCGAUGCACUGCUAACAGGAAAUCCUCCUGGAGUAAAAACCUUCCAUAAGACAUUUGGAGAUAAUGUUGUAGUUGCCUGCAACCUUUCUGACUAUGGAGAGAACACGUACUUCUGUAAGGAACGAUGUGAAGACAAAGACAUUCUCGUUCAAACAUACAAUCUCAGUGCUCAGAGAGACAGAUACAGCAUUGAAUAUGUAAGAGGAUCUCCAUCAGGAGGAAUUGUGUAUGUGACCAUCUCACAGCUGACCAAGUCUGACUCAGGACUCUACAGCUGUUGUAUGGAAAGACCUUUGUCUCCGGAUGCUUACCAUGAGUUCAGGAUCAAUGUUACAGAUGCUCCGACCACGUCUGAACCAAACACGACUCUGCCGGACACUGAUACACCAUCACCCAGAGGUACAUGUACACACUGAGACACCAUCACCAGAGGUACAUGUACACACUGAGACACUAUCACCCAGAGGUACAUGUACACA